AUGUUUUAUCCGGAAAAUUCACUGAAAAAAGGGGGCAGAUUUCAUUUAUGUUGGGUGGCGGAUUCCUGGCCUGUUUGUUUUGCUUCGAUAACCCAACGCCAACUAUGGUCUCAAGAUAUAAGAAAAAUUUGCGAUGACUUAUUACAAGUUAUGACUAAUGAGUCUGGUCGCCCCUCACACCGAUUUUCGCUCCGUCUCAGCUCUCAACUCAUGCGGGGACUAGUCCGGCUGUAUCAGAAGAAAGUCAACAGCAUGAUAACUGAGUUAUGCAUGCUUAAUGCAAGAAUUAUGAAGAAUUCACAUAAAAAAUACAACAUGCAUGAUGAAGCAGAAGAAGUACAGAGACAUAUGGUGCCGAUGUUGGAACUGCCAGCUCCUGUGAGGGAACCUGUCCCGGAGCCAGAGGAAAGGGUUGAGGAAAUGAUACGGCAAAGUGGUAAUGUCGUGCCCAACAUUGAAGCCAUCACACUGAAAGAAGCCGCCAUUCCCGACUUCCAACCUCCACCGAAUGACGGCUUCGGCGAGGAGAACCCCAACCAGGCCCUGCAGCUGCUGGUCCAGGACCGCACGCUGGAGCAGAUGCUGGGCGCGCCGGGUGCGCACGGCGCGCUCGACGCCAGCGCGCCCGCGCUCGCCGCCCGCGCCGAGCCCGACCACGACCACUCCGGGCUCCACCUGGACAAGACCAUGGAACGCAUGUCCGACCAUGAGACCACUUUAUUCAGAAAAUCUACAGCGCAGGAUCUAUUGCCUGAGGAAUUUGAUAAAGGUAUGCUAUGCAAGGUGGAGCUAAUGCCCCCGACGCCCGAGCCGGAGCCGGUGGCAGCGCCUGCGCCGGCCGCACCGACCGCGCCGGCCGCGGAGCUUCCGGCGGCCGCGCAGCCCGCGCCGCAAGAGCCGGAGAUCGUCACAUUAGAGACGCUGGAAGAGGGCGAGCCGCAUGCCAAGCGCCGCAGGAAGCACAAGCUUAUCAUAGACAAGAACCAUCAGCUCUCCAAGAAGUUCCUUCGCGCGAGAAUCGAGAACAUCCAUGUCGACUUGCGCUGUGAGGUGGGUAGUCAUUCAGAGUUUUCUGAAGACAUCGUGGACCUGCGCGUGCCGGCGGAGCUGCUGCUGCACCGGCCCGCGCGCGCGCCGUGCCGCGUGGCGCGCGCGCUGCUGCGACUGUUCUCCCGGAACCUGGGCCUGGCCGCGGCCGCACACAAAGACCAGAGGGAAAUGGAGCUCGCUCUUGCUUCGCGCGCUCGACGCGCCUCCGUCCCAGUCCUCGAGCCCAUCCCCGAAGAACCACCGCAAGUGCAAGAACCGCAGGUGCAGGAGCAAGUGCUUGAACCACAAAUACCGGAGCCCCAACUGCCGGUAGAGGAGCAGACCGUUCUGAACCAGUCCACUGCGGUGCCAGACCUUAGUGCUAUAGAUGUGGAGAAGGACAUUGCCGACUUGCCGACGCAGAAGCUGGCGGCUGCGACUCAGAAGAGGGCCUCGCGGGAGGAUCUAAAUACGAGUCGAACAAAAAAGUCGAGAUGCGGAUACACAUCCUUCAGAGAGAGUCAAUCUCAAAACCUACGGGUCGAGCCAGAAAUCGUUGAAAAAGAGAACAUCCCGGAAAACUGGCAGACAAUACCGUCACGUCGUGAAGAACAGCUGAUCAUACCAGACAUAGAGAUACAACGACCGUCGGAUCCGGAACGAGUCCUGACUUCAUUGUUGCAAGAGGCGGGUCUGGCCGAUGUGCCGCAGCCCCCGCAGGAGCAGCCGCAGGAGGCGAGCAGGGCGGAGGCGGAGGAGGAGCCGCCUCGCAAGAGCCGCCGCCGCGGCAGCGAGAGCUCGGAGACCAUGCUGGGCAGUCUCGACCGCACCAAGGUGUCCCUCGGCGACUCCGACCAGACUACUGACUCUAAGAGAUUUAUUCGUGAUCAAUGGGGCACGGAGGGCACGAUGGUGAAGAUUUUGAAGAUGGUUAAAGCAGAGAUCCAGCCUCUAAACAUGAACUCGCUCAUGUCAUACGGGCCUAUGGUUCCAGGCUACAAGUGUAUUAUCGCAGCUCGAUGUUUCACUUCAAUACUGAAACUGAAACAACACGGCUUCAUAGAAGUACGUAAGGAUCCGGACACUUUGGAGAUACUCGACAUUUUUUUGGGUCCUAAAUUUAAUAUCUUUUAGUCAAAUUUUAUUUCCACUCAAAUGCAUUAAUAUUAGUUCAUUAUAAUUAUUCAGCUUGACAUUAUUAUAUUUUGUUAUUUUUAUAGCCUGUUUAUUAGGUUAAGACAUGAACUUCAUGGUACUUGUUUAUUAUUGUUGAUUUAUGUAU